AUGUCGAACGCACAUGAGUCCUUGACAGGACUCGGCCUGCUGCAUCGGCUUCGCAGUGUCAACGAAGCCAGACAGAGCGUCAUUCUUCCGCUCUUCGACUCAGCAGAGCCGACGGGAGAGCUGAAAAACUUUGUCAGAGAUGUGACGAGGCUCGGAGGCCAGCCUCAAUGGUAUUAUGACCUUCUCACAGCAUCCGCCGUGGUACUCGGUGCAUACACCCUGGUCGGUGAGUGGCAAGAAAUGUACAGGUCGCGGAGCGUCAUCUCACAGCUCUGGUGCAUGCUCCGUAGCCCUAUCCGCUAUUGCCCACCGCCUGAGGCAUGGCAAGUUUUGGCUGCUCAGAAGGCAAGGCACUUACAUUGUGCGUAGCUCUCACCUUUGUGGCGUCGAAAUCGCUUCUCAUGAAUCAUAGGAACCCUCACACGCCUCUCAACUGAUUUGCUUAGAUACCACACCCCAUCAAUACGCUGAGCCUCUCCGCCGGGGCGUUUUCUCUGACGUGGAUCUACUUUUCGCUGACCCUCAAGAAGCUUCAUCAAACGAACUCGCCACUCUACAUGCACAUGCCUCUCGCAGCGAUGAUGUGGAUACCCAUAUCUUUUUGCGGGUGGUUCUGGGCCUGGGGCACCCUGUAUGGCGCGCCCAACGUUCUGCUGAGCAUUCGAGGCAGCAAAAGUUACCAACGAGGAUUUUGGACUAAUGUCUGCUGCUACUCCGGUCCCUUGCCAGUCAUCAUCAUCGUUGGGUACACUUCCUCUCGGGCUCGAUUUCACUUGCACGAAGGCUUCAAUCUCUCCGAAGCUCUUUUGGCUGAAAUGGUAGCGCAGCCCAGCACAGACGUUGUCCAGUCCUUGCACAUGGAAGCUGUGAGAGAGAUUUGGGCAAAUAUUGCCCAUGGCUUCUUUUGGUCUUCUGUAACCUACUCGAUCUGGUCGGCAUGGGCUCUUUUCCUUCUCGUGUGAGUCCUGUGUGCUCUUCAGCGAGUCGGCAACCUUGAGACUUGACGGCUAAUGAUCGCUCCUUCUUGCAACGUGUAACGUAAGCUUCUACUUCAUCUGCGUCCUCGCAUUUGUUCAAAGCAUCUUGCAUCGGCUGCGCCAAGAGGCCGAUCGCGAGGUUACGGAGCACAGCGAUGUUGUGAGCUUUGAUGGUCCGCCAGAAGCCUGCCGCUGCAUCGUCAACAGCGAAAAGGUUACCCUAGCCUCUUGCUUGUUCCAAUCGCGCUGUCAGCUGCACGGGCGACACGGCACCAACAGCAGCCCGAGCGCUUUAUACCGAGUAGUCCUGCGCAAUGUGGUGGUGCUCAGCCCGGCUAUUGCAGCUAUUGCAGCUACUGCCUGUGCAGUGAGUCUGCUCUACUCGUGCCUCCACAUCUGUUCAAAAAGGCUGCUCACGUGUCUCCCAAUUUGCUCAACAGGGAGCUUUCGGCGUAGCUUACUGUGAGGUCAGCGAGGUGCUCACCGAUCCUCUAACAGGCGCCGUCCGCCUACGAGCGAAGCGAGCUGUCAUGACUUGCUUCGCCGUGGUGUUCAUGCUUGCUGGGUUCUUGAUAGUAAGUGAUUGAGAGUUUUCGUGAUUGGAGUCAGAGCGGACCGAGUGACUGACCCAAUUGAAGCCCACCUACGACAGGUGCUCGAGAUUGUCAUCCAGGUCUUUGAGCCCGUUGUUGCACUGUGGACCAAUGCGAGUGCUUCAGACGGUGACCAAAGGAGCACCUCCGAAAUUACAGGUGGCGCAGGCGCGAUCGACGCUGCUUCGAUCCGAGCAGUAAAAGCGUCCUCUUUCAUAGGGCACUCUAUCUUACAGACUCUGCACAGGUCACCUUCGAAUGAAACCACAAGGCGCACAUCAUACGAAGCCCCGAUCAGCAUCCCGCCUCUAUCUCCUAGGAGCGCUCAGAGCGUUCCGCGUCUGACAAACUCAGAAGAGCCGUUUUCUGAGCAGACCUCCGCCCAACGUGAAAGGAAUUCGGGGAUGGGUUCGCAAUACACGGAGCACUUGCGCUCUCAGAGCCUUCCAACGAACCCAAUGACGAACACGAUACGCAACUCGCUGUCGCGCCUCUUCCCUAGGUCUGGCACUCAGGAUUCCUCAUCUCGCAGUCGUCGCUCCACCAUGCUUCAGUCUAUGACAGGAGUGGCCGGCGAAGCGGCCGGCUAUGAUUGGCGUCUGCACGAACCCGCCUCAGCGUGGACGUCUAGUCACGCACUCUUCGCGGGCGAGAAUUCGUGGACGCAGGCGGAAGAUGAGCUAGAAGUGAUGGCAAGCGAAAGCGAUGCCCACUCCGCGGUGAACGACUUGCAUUCGUGCAUCGUCAGUCCACGCUACUCUCAUGAUACCCGUUCUACUCUCUCUGCCCAAUCCAUCGCUCAGGCUUCGUCGACGUUUUCCACAGAAGCGAACGUCAAGGUUUUGGUGCCGGCCGAUUUUGCGAAGAGAUCCAGGAGGGGUGCGACUGCUUCCGCUGACGGAUGCCACACGAUCUAA